AUGACUUCGAUAGGCUCCCUCCCGGUAGAGAUAGUUUUGCAAAUUAUUCGUCUGGCUAUUGAGCCUGGGCCCGAGGCGGUUGGCGUGUGCGCCGCUGUCUCCCGCCAAUGGCAGCAACAUGUCGAAAGGCAGUCGUUUGCAUUGAUAAGGCUGAAUGCGGAUCGUGCGUCAGAGGCCAAGGAGAUCCUCACGCCGGCUCGGCAGACCUACGUACGCCACAUUAACAUGGAAGCCUUACUACCCGAGUAUGACGAUUCUAAACUCUUCGGGUGUCGUGAAACGGACGAGGAGCAGCAACAGAAUAAUCGAGCUUUCACGCGCGCGAUCAUCGCACUGUUCGAUUGCUUGAACCGUUGGGACUCUGUGGCGACAGGUACCGGCCAGCCAAGCGUCACAUUUGGAACUCUGUGCCUUUUCACCCUCAGAUACGACCAACGCAAUGGCAUCAUAUCGCGCGCAGCGUUGGAAACAUUCGUUUUUGUCGCUGGAAAACGGUGUGAAGGACGAGCUGCCAGCCUUGGGCCUCGUCACCGCCAAUAUUUCCGCCGAUAUAUCGCAGCAAGCGUAUUCGGGGUCAUCGCAUCGAAAAUGCCCAAUUUGGAGCAAGUGGACUGGACUCUUAACGACGAUGAGAACGAGAACGUUUUGCUUCGUCAAAAAUUGCGACAAGAAUUCGCAACAUCACUCAUGGACCUCCCGCGGAGUGUCCGCCACUUCCGCCUGUUUUACCCAAAUCCUGGUCCCAAAAAUGACGAUUUCCAGCCGCCUCGUGCUUAUCGAAACGGUCUGGUAUCGGACCCUUUGAGCAUCGCUUUAUAUGGUAUCUCACAGGAAUGUGUCACAUUCAUCCUCGACGGAACCGUAGUAUUUGACACAAACAUUUUUUUUGGCCACAUUCGCUACCAUCAAACCCGGAUAAGACUCCGUUUUGGUCACGCCUCGAGGAGUUUAACAUUAGGAGUAGCAGAGUUUCUCCAUCAGGGGCCUGGCUCUUUCAUGCAGAUCCCUCAGCACCUCGACGUCCAGCACCUUCGCCUCGAUCUCAUGCCAACAGCCCAGAGGUCCUGA